UUGCUUAAACUUUUUAAACAUACGUAAAUGAUGUUUUGUCGAGUUUCCAAAUACUUUUUUGCUCUAAUUUUUAGUAACUGUUAUUUGGUUAAACAAUUAAUAGGUUUUAGUUCGGUUGAACAUUUAAAUUAAUGUAAAUUCAAAUUUAGUUUAGUUUAAAUUCUCGUUUCUUAUAGUUUUGCUGAACAAUACAAAAUUUUAGUUUUCCCCCCGACAAACUUAUAAAUUCCCUUUCACUUUAAGGGGGCAAAAGUUUUAGUUACGUUGAUCAAAUAAACUAGACUGAAACUUGAAUCUAAGCCUAGCCUUUUUGCGCUGUGCAAAAUUUAUCGCGGAAAGUUUUAAUCGUCGUUGUAUAUUAUGUAAAUUGUAUAGUACGUAAACUGUUACUGUACAACGUUGUAAGAAUGUCCUAAACGUACAAUUCAAACUGUACAAAUGAGACAAUGCUUUACAAUGUUUUCAAGAAUAGUCUAAUAAUCUGUAGUCAGUUCACUACAUUAACUAGUAAAUUUAAAAUCUGUUUCAACUGUUUGAAAAUGAAAUAUAUUCCAGAUACAAAGGAUGGUGGGUCGGAGAAAAAGUUCGCGUUUUGGUGAAUUGGAGCAGGAUGAGUUUGUAUCCGGAGACCAAUUUGAUUUCACAGCGUUGAAGUCUCCGAAGGGGGUUGUUACUAGGGCUCGGAGAUCCUCCAUUCAUCUCAAUAAACCUCCGAUCAUACAGAGGCCUAACAAGCGUAUGUCCCUGAUGCCUACAGUGACUGAGAAGCCGAUUAAACCUGUGAACAGACGAACAAGCUUGGCCCCUGUUGCCGCUAAACCCGUCGGUCGUCCUAAGCAGGCGGCCAAACCUCCACCACGCGGAAUUGAGCUGAAGAACUUCUAUAAAAGUCCUGAUAAGAAUACUGCAGGACGGAGAUCGGUUCAACCCCAGUCUGAAGAUCCUGUCGAGACACGGCCUGUCCUUGCGGAGUACGCUGCGUCUCCGACUAAGAGUAUUCGGAAGUCUAAUUUUCUCUCGGACUCUGAUAUUAUCGAAAGUUUAGAUGAUAUGUUUGAUAAAACUCCGGCGAACGGGAAGAAAGCUCCAACAACGUUUGAAACUGAAGCUCCUGAGAAGGUGAAACCUCGCCGUGCAACCAUACAGCUCAACUCCCCAAUAGUUGCAGUAAGUAAAGAACUUCGAGGUAAUAAAUUAGCCGCCAAGACUCCGGCUAGAUCCGCUAAAACUCCAGCUAAGUCGGCAAAGACGCCAGCUCAGGCCGCAAAGACACAAGCUAAGGCCUUAAAGACAACAGCUAAGUCCGCAAAGCCUGCAAAGACUCCUAAAUCCAUUAAUAACAGCAUUGAUGACCUAACUUCGGCUGUUCAAGAGGUACAAGUUCGUUUGGCCCGAAUAGACCCUAAACUGCAGGAGGAUCCUAGCACUAUAUCCUCCUACCUGGAGUCCGAACCCUCCUCCCCGGAGAAGAUAAGCAAUGUUGUUAAAAAGAUUAUUUACUCUAAGACCCCGGUUAAACCAAGCUUGAAAAGGAAAGCUGAGGCUGAAAGUGGAACUCCAAGAAAGAAAACUAAGAUUGCAAUCCCGGAACCUUCAUCAGACAAGGUUGCAUCGGGUAGAAAUCCCGAGUUUAGAAAGACUCCAGGACGGGUGGCUACUCUCUGUCUUAUUGAGAAAAAAACUCCGGCGUUGAAAAGAGCCUCUGCUAGAACAUUGUCGACUCCUGUACAGAUAAACCCUGCUAAUUUACUCCGGAAGAACCUGAAGACUAGGGUUGAGACCGCUAUUGUAUCCAAGAUCUCGGAGAAACCUGACAGUAGUCCAUACCUUCUCUCUAGUGAGGACCCGAACUCUCCCAAGUUCAAGAAGGUUGGUGAGAAGAAGGAGAUGAAAUCUCAUAUAACCGGAACCCCCGCCAUUUCCCGCCGAAACCGGAAGAUUGGAACUGUUAUUCAACCGUCUCUCCUUGCUAUGAAUUCGCCAGCGGGUCCUUCCACGGAUUACAGUGGCGUUCAGGCCUCCACCCCACUCCAAGGCAAGCUGCCCCGCCCCCAUAUGGUCGAAGCCACGCCUAUUCGUGCCCCAGAGACAGAGUCAAAAGCCAUGCCCCUGUCACCCGGCCCCGAGAUGGUUACAGGAGGACUAGCUAAACUAUGUGUAAUCAUGUAAACGCUUAACAAAACCUCUACACUUUAAAAGCAUUUAUUACGGAAAUCAAAUUUUUAAACUUUUCUAUACAUUUUAAUCUAAAAAAUGUGUUAUACUUGAACUUGACUAAGACCAAAAUUCUCAAAGUUGACAUUUAUGAACUUAUGAAGUAAGGAUUAAAAUUCAAGUUGUUAUAUGUUUUUUUUUACUUCAAUUGAUCGAAUAUUUUAAAUGAGAUUUGAACACUUAGAAGAAUUAACAAUAUCUUACCCUGGUCACAUGUUUUCUAUAUUAUGCCUAAAAUGUAGUAGUUCACAGUAGAAAAAUUAUCUAUGAAUUUAAUCGUAAAAUUUGUGCUUAGUUAUUUUGUUAUUUAAGAUGUUGUGUUCAUGACUGUACAGUGUACAGUGUACAUACUGUUCAAAUCCCAAGUACCUUGUAAAUUAUUAUUCACCUGUGUACCUGUUCUCAUAAAUUAUAAUAUAUUUAGCCACCAAA